CGAACGGAACACUGUGCCUCGAUCACUCGUCGUCCGGCGCGCGUCCGACGUAUACACCGUAGGGAGGAUUCGAUCUUUCCUUUCUCUCUCGCUCUCCUUUACAUCACCUGUAUCUCUCGCACACCACCCUACGGCACAAUGUCUGGAUUAACGGACCCCGUGGCGUUCGCUAAGGAUUUCGUGGCCGGCGGUGUGGCCGCGGCGAUCUCCAAGACCACCGUGGCGCCCAUCGAGCGCGUCAAGUUGCUGCUGCAAGUACAGCACAUCUCCAAGCAGAUCGCAGAGGACCAGCGUUACAAGGGUAUGAUCGAUUGUUUCGUUCGUAUCCCACGUGAACAAGGAUUCUUAAGUUACUGGCGUGGUAAUCUUGCCAACGUUAUCAGAUACUUCCCAACGCAGGCUUUGAACUUUGCCUUCAAGGACAAGUAUAAGCAGAUUUUCCUUGGUGGUGUUGACAAGAACACUCAAUUUUGGCGUUACUUUGCGGGAAAUCUCGCAUCUGGUGGUGCCGCUGGUGCUACAUCUCUGUGCUUUGUCUAUCCACUUGACUUUGCCAGAACUAGAUUGGCUGCUGACGUAGGUAAAGGUGCUGGUCAACGCGAGUUCACUGGAUUGGGUAACUGUUUGACGAAGAUCUUCAAAGCUGACGGUAUCGGUGGUUUAUACCGUGGUUUCGGCGUAUCUGUCCAGGGUAUCAUCAUUUACCGUGCUGCUUACUUUGGUUUCUAUGACACUGCCCGUGGUAUGCUGCCAGACCCCAAAAAGACUCCAUUCCUUGUUUCAUGGGGUAUCGCCCAGGCUGUGACCACUGUCGCGGGCAUUGUGUCUUAUCCAUUUGAUACGGUACGUAGGCGUAUGAUGAUGCAGUCUGGUCGUGCCAAGACUGAAAUUCUGUACAAAAGCACUCUUCACUGCUGGUCCACUAUUUAUAAGACGGAAGGUGGUAGUGCCUUCUUCAAGGGCGCGUUCUCCAAUGUCCUUCGUGGUACCGGUGGUGCGCUCGUGCUCGUACUGUACGACGAGAUCAAGAACCUCCUUUAAAAUGCUAAAUGGGAUCCUCGUCUCGUUACUUUCAUCGAACAUAAACAUCGUCAUUAUUACCUACACCAUCUGAUUUGAUAGCAAAUUCCGAACUGACGGACAAUGAGACUCGCUGUCAGUUCUAACGAACAAGUAAUUCAGGCUGAGGACGUUCGGUAGCAGCUCGUAAAAUGCAUGAAACUCGGCAGAAAUUGUAAACGUAAAAAGGUAAAAAAAAGAAAAAACAUAGAAGAGAAUCUGCUUAAUUUAUUGCCGGAUUCAGUAUUUUCCCGCAGCGGCUGACAGGCAUUACGUGCUGUAUUUUCAUAUUACACUACAGUUGAGAACGAAUUAAAAAGACAAGUAGAAUUGUCAAGUUCGAGCAAGUCACGACAACCAAAAAUCGUGAUCACGAUUACCUGAAAACGUUCCAUAAAUAGGCCAAUUGCAAUAUUAAGGCUGCGUUCCAACAUUCACUGCCAGCGCUGAAAAACUAUAAUUUAUGUAGUUAAAUAUACUAUAGAUUUUGAGCGCUGUCAGUGAUUUUGAAACAUAGCCUAAGUAUCGAAAGUAUCAUUGCCUAGAGAAAUCUGAGUCAGCGCACGUGAAGUCAGUGAGAGAGGCGGACGCGCGACGACGACGUCAUUACGGCGAUGGCGGGGCGCGUAGCUUGGGCCGCCCCCCGCCUUACUCUCGGCCCGUUGUAGAUAAUUCAUAAGUAAUAAACUUCUCAUUUUCUGAUAAUAUCAACCAGUCUGUCGAACUUCGAUAGACGAUAAUUUAAUUUCGCACUUCAGACGACUAUGUGUAAGAAGAAAAACGUUACUCAGAAUGUAUGCAUCUAAUCUGUUCAUGUUAGGAUGCAUGCAGAUGCAGGGGAAGCAGCAGAUCAAUAAAAAUGAUAUAAAAUUUCA